AAAGAAUACACUCUGCGCGCAUAUUGGUGUAGGUUUUGUUAGAAUAGAAUUAUUCUAGAAAAUCAUACAUUAUGUGGUCGAAACUAAAUAGAGCUCUUUUCAAGCGCACCUCCACCUUUUUGGUGGUUAUAGCUGGGGGCGCUUUUGUCUUCGAAAGAACCCUCGACUUGGGUGCCCAAGCUAUUUUCGAGUCAUUGAAUAAGGGAAAAUUGUGGAAGGACAUCAAACAUAAAUAUGAGCAACCGGCAGAGUAAAAAUGUAGAUUCAUAAUUAAUUAAAGUUAUGGAAGGACGUACAGCAUAGAUUCCAAAAACCAAAGGAAGCUGAAUAAACAAAAUGUUAA